CAUGGGCGAAAAAUCCAGCCUUUUUUUGAGUCUUUUUUUCACCAUCGGUGAUCACACACACGGCACCCUUCUUCCCGGCUUUUCUGCUGCUGCCCAUCGUCUUCUCCCCCCUCCCCUCGAAACCAACCAACCUUCAACCUAACCCCGCAAGCAAACGCCCUGACCGACUAACCCUCGCCACCGAGCAAACUCGAGACCCAAAGCCACGCAACUUUCUUUGUGUUCUUUGAUUUGUUCUUGGCAAUCGCAUCAGAGAUCUAUUGAUUGAUUUUGAAGCAGAGGAGGAGCAGAGAGGUAGACGAAGAGCUGCAAGAUUCUUUGCCUGUUCAAUCGACCGUGCUUUGUGAGAGCAUACGACGGCGGCGGCGGCGAGGGCGCGGCGUCUCACCUGCCCCGACGGCACGGCGACCGAGGAGGGGAGGCCGGCGACGAGAUGGGCUCCUUGCCGCUGAGGAGUGGUAGCAGCCUGCCUCCACCGUCCUUCUCCAAGUCGCCGGCCUCGCUGCUGCUGCUGUCCAAGUCGCUCACCCUCUACUGCUGAGAGAGCUCGAGCUCGAGCUCGAGAGCUCAUGGGCGGUGUCACCUCGUCGUCGGCGGGGGGAGGCGGAGGAGGGGAGACCGCGCUGGGGGACCUGCCGGAGAGCUGCGUGGCGGAGGUGCUGCGCAGGCUGGACCCGCCGGAGAUCUGCCGGAUGGCGCGGCUCAGCCGCACGUUCCGCGGCGCCGCGUCCGGCGACGGCGUCUGGGAGGCCAAGCUGCCGCGCAACUACGCGCGCCUCCUCGCCGUCGCCGCCGACGGGGAAGCCGCCGCGCUGGAGGCGAUCCCCAAGAAGGAGGUCUACGCGCGCCUCUGCCGCCGGAACCGAUUGGACGGCGGCACCAAGGAGUUUUGGCUGGACAAGGGUGGUGGAGGUGUCUGCAUGACAAUCUCUUCAAGGGCACUUUCAAUAACUGGCAUUGAUGAUAGGAGAUAUUGGAAUUUCAUUCCAAAUGAUGAGUCAAGGUUUCAUGCGGUUGCUUAUCUCUCACAAAUUUGGUGGUUUGAGGUCAGAGGGGAGGUUGAAUUCUGCUUCCCAGAAGGUACAUAUAGCCUAUUUUUCCGUCUUCAUCUAGGCAGGCCACUCAAGCGACUAGGACGACGGGUUUAUAGCUCCGAGCACAUCCAUGGCUGGGAUAUAAAACCAGUGCGCUUCCAGCUAUCAACUUCUGAUGGACAGCAAGCUCAGUCCAAGUGCUACUUAACUGAUCCUGGUGUCUGGAUCAAUCACCACGUCGGCGAUUUCGUCGUGAAGAGCUCUAAUGAACUAGUGAAGAUCCAAUUUGCAAUGGUUCAAAUAGAUUGCACACACACAAAAGGUGGACUCUGUGUCGAUUCCGUGGCUGUAAAACCACAAUACCUCGCGAAGAAGAAAGCAUCUCGGAUAUAUGUGUAGGUUCUUCGAUCAAGUUCAGCUGAUUCUCAUCGAUACCGCAUAGCUUUGUUUUUAUGCACCACUUGUGUGCUUGCUUUUGAGUUUUUUACAGAUCCUGUAAUAUGUAGUUCAUGGGGUAAGUGAUUUUUAUUUCCUCUUGUCCCUCUAGAAGCAUGUUACACUUGUAAAUUGUUAAUUUAGCAUACAGAUAGCUUUUGUGGCUCAUGAUCCUUGACACCCUGUGCACCAAUGUUGUUCUUCUGGUAGUGUAUCAAAAGCUUUCAUGGAGCAAUUUCAUCCUCAA